AUGUCAAAACCUGCUGGUAGAACCAUCUUAGCGUCCACAAUCGCUAAACCUUUCCAAGAGGAAGUUACGAAAGCAGUGAAACAGUUAAGCUUCACCCCCAAAUUAGUUGGACUCCUAUCAAACGAGGACCCAGCAGCCAAAAUGUAUGCUAAUUGGACAGGUAAAACUUGUGAAUCCUUAGGCUUCAAGUACGAAUUACUUGAAGUUAACAAAAAUGAUUUGGAGACUGCGUUAAUUAAAGCCAACAAGGACGAUUCCGUGAAUGGAAUAAUGGUUUAUUUCCCGGUUUUUGGUGACAAACAAGAUCAAUAUCUACAACAGCUAAUUUCCCCUGAGAAGGAUGUUGAAGGGUUAAACUUUUUAUACUAUCAUAACUUGUAUCACAAUGUUAGGUUUUUGGAUCCUCCUCAGAACCAACAAAAGUCCAUUUUACCUUGUACACCUUUAGCAAUGGUCAAAAUAUUGGAAUACUUGGGAGUGUACAACACAAUAUUGCACUACGGGAAUAGGUUAUAUGGGAAAAAGGUGCUUAUUGUUAACAGGUCAGAGAUUGUUGGGCGUCCAUUGGCGGCAUUGUUAGCUAACGAUGGUGCCACUGUAUACUCAGUUGACAUCAACAACAUCCAGCAGUUCACCAGAGGCGACGAUUUGCUGGAACAAAGACACAAGGUUGUUGACUUGAGCCCUGAGGAGUACACAUUAGAGAAACUUGCACCUCAAUGUGAUGUAAUAAUAACAGGUGUUCCUCUGGAGAACUAUAAAUUUCCUUCAGACUUGGUCAGUCACGGUACUGUCGUUAUUAACUUUUCCAGUGCCAAAAACUUUAAUGAUGAUGUUAAAUUGAGAGCUGGUUUAUAUGUCCCAUCCAUUGGCAAAGUCACAAUUGCCAUUCUUUUGAGAAAUUUAAUGAGAUUGAUUCACAAUAAGCAAGUUCGACAAGGCGAAGUCUCAGAUGCGGCCUCUUCAGGCUAA